AUGACCAUUGAAUUUGGAAGUUUGUUACUGCGGAUCAGUUGGAUAGCGGAAACUUAUUGGAUUGACAAUGAAGAUGAAGAGAGAAUGAGGAGCUAG